CGCAGGCGCAAUCCGGUACCCGCCGCUGUGAGGAGGAGAGGAGGUGCUGGAUUCUCUCGCGAGGAAGGACGCCAUUAUCGCCCACAAAACACCACGAGAACUCGCCCCCAAACGAAUCCCCAGGAACUCUGCGCGAGCAGCAGCCAAGAAAGAUUUAUAAAUGAUGUCAGGACAGGAGCUGGCGGAAGUGGUGCAGAUAGCAGUGGAAGACCUGCAUCCUGAUCAUCACCCUGUUAUUUUAGAGAAUCAUGAAGUCACGGAGGACGAUUUGGCGCCUUCACUAAAGCGACAGCGCAUAGAAAUCAACUGUCAGGAUCCUUCCAUAAAGUCCUUCUUGUUCUCCAUCAACCAAACGAUCUGCCUGCGUCUGGACAGCAUUGAAUCCAAGCUGCAAGUUUUGGAGGCAACUUGUAAGUCCUUAGAGGAGAAGCUGGACCUGAUCAUGAACAAACAGCCCACCCCAAUCCAAGUACCCAUGGUGGCUGGGUCACCUCUUGGAGCCACACAGACGUGGAACAAAGUCCGAUGUGUUGUUCCUCAGACGACGGUAAUCCUGAAUAAUGAAAGACAGAACUCUGUAGUGGCCAAACUGGAGGGUCCGGAGGAAUCGAUGAACCGAGCAACAGAAAGCCUGGAAAAUAUGCUGAAUAGCAACAACGGACGUAGGCACAAUACCAUUGUCGUGAAGGUCCCAGGCCCAGAUGACAGCCACAAUGAUGAAGACAGUGGGUCUGAAGCCAGUGACACCUUGUCCAACUGUGGCCAGUCCGGGAGCUCCAACAUGGCAAACAACGUGACUCUCAUCACCCUCAACGCAGAAGAGGAUUUCCCGAAUGGCACAUGGCUAGGAGACGAGAAUAAUCCUGAGAUGCGCGUUAGAUGCCCCAUCACAGCCGCCGACAUGCUGCACAUCAGUACCAACUGUCGGACAGCAGAGAAGAUGGCACUAACGCUGCUUGACUACCUUUUCCAUCGUGAGGUGCAGGCAGUCUCCAACCUCUCAGGACAAGGGAAACAUGGGAAAAAGCAGCUCGAUCCAUUGAUGAUUUACGGCAUCCGUUGUCACCUUUUCAACAAAUUCCGAAUCACAGAAUCCGACUGGUAUCGUAUCAAGCAGAGCAUUGAUUCCAAGUGCCGCACAGCCUGGCGCAGGAAGCAGAGAGGACAGAGCCUGGCAGUAAAGAGCUUCUCCCGACGAACGCCGUCUAAUUCCUCGUACAGCACCACAGAUGGUGUGCAAAAUACAGUAUCGUCCUCCAGCGACCUCCAGCAGGCGCCGUCCCAGGCCCUGCACUACGCGUUGGCUAAUGCCCAGCAGGUGCAGAUCCACCAGAUCGGAGAGGAUGGCCAGGUCCAGGUGGGCCAUCUGCACAUCGCACAGGUGCCGCAGGGGGAGCAGGUCCAGAUCACGCAGGACAGCGAGGGGAACCUACAGAUCCAUCAAGUCCACGUGGGUCAGGACGGGCAGGUUCUCCAAGGAGCACAACUCAUUGCUGUUGCCUCUGCCGACCCAACGUCUGGUGUAGUUGAUGGCUCUCCCCUUCAGGCCAAUGAUAUCCAAGUCCAGUAUGUCCAACUUGCCCCAGUUAGUGAAGCCUCAGCAACAGCUCAGGCGGUGGAGCCCCUGCAAUCUGCGCUACAACCAGAAAUGCACAUUGAACACGAAGCUAUCCAGAUCCAGUAACGAGAGCUGCGCAUCAGCAGGAUAGUGCAAAAUCUAGGCCGCCACUGAAGGACUUGUGUGGCUGCUUCCCAUCUAUUCUGCAGUCUGGUCCUGUAAGAUGUCCACAAGUCAUCGUUUCAACGAUUUGUACUGGAUUAUUGCUAUUUUUUAUAUGGUUUCUAAGCGCUCUCUUUCAUAGCGUGUUCAUUAAUGUCACCAUACAUUUGUGUUUCUCCGCAUUUAGUAAACAUUCUCAUCCAUGACCAUUAUGAAGCCAUUCACAAUCUGAUUAGUCCAGGAGCUUCAUGUUCAUACAUUGAAAAGGGUUGUCCAGAAUGUUACUAUUGAUGGCCUUUCCUCAUGCCAAAAAUGUCUUCUGGUGGAGGUCUGACACCGCACACCCCCUCUGAUCAGCUCGUCUCCAGUGCUUGAACUAGGCAAUGAAACUACACAUCCAUUAUGUGGUGGACGGAGCUGGUUAUUGCAGUAUUGCUCCCACUGAAGUGGAUAGGGGCAACCCCGCAGUAGCAGUCCUGUCCACUACCCAGGGACUGAGAUCGAUAACUCCCAUUAUCUGUCAGUGGAGGAGGAGGCAAUGCAGACGCAAACCCCCCACUGUAUAGGACAGUAAACAUUCAGCCCUAGACGUGAUUAUUUGGUGUGGCUGCAUUCAUACUAGAGAAACCUUCAGCUUUCUACAUGGAGAUUUCUAGAUCUCUGCCACAGGAUUCAGCAGGACCGCACUUUGUGACAUCUGUCUAACAUCCAGCGGGUCGCUUCGAUAACUGUGGAGGUGAAAGGACUUGGCUCUAUGUUUAGACGUGUGCUGGUAGCCUGAAAUCGAGGAGGCAUCGCACUGCAUGCCCUGGCCACGUCUCUUCUGGUGAGAAGUGCAGUGGUACCUUUAUAUAAAGCAGCUUAUAUUUCAGGUUUAGUGGUUGUUUCAGUUUCCACAAAACUCAAGAGCAACGAAGGAUGUUAAAUCUCUGUCUACUAAAAUGUACUCUGUGGAGGCCAAGACGUCUGUAAAGUCCACAGAGCGUUUUUGCUGCUUCUGAGGGAAAGGAGAAGUUGCCUGUUCCAGAAUUAAGAAUAAUUAGGAAGAAAUGUGCAGUUGUGAUUUCUGUGAUCAUGAAAAUAAGGGGUUCUAUGAGAUGCAGAACACGAGGCGGCGCCAUCUUGUCUGUGGGUCAUUCUGGUAUUACAGCAUCCAUGUCACUUCACCCCCUGCACUUGGUGAAAUCUGUAGGAUGGGGGAUGUUGUUGUACUUUCUUCCACAUAAAUUUGUCUUGGGCUACUUUCACAUUAGUGUUUUGGGAUCCAGCAGAGGAUCUAAAAAUUGGGCCAAAAUAGUUUAGUUUAGGGCCAAGGUAUUGUGAAUGGGUUAUGCUCUGUUCAGGAUUUCUUCCAUUCCAUCAACACUCCGUUUUGUGACCGGACACACAACUGCUGCAAACUGCGGUCAUCGACAUGCAACAAACUGGAUUGUCACUAAAAACAAUGUAAGUCAAUGGUGCCAGUUCUGUUUUUUGGGGGAUCCUAAAAAACGGGAUCAGUCACCUAUCGACUUGCAUUGUUUUUAGUGACAGAUCCGGUUUGUUCCGUUUCAAUUUACUACAACAGCAUCCUAACGGAACAGAUGCAUCCUGAUGUGUUCAAUUAAUACUGGAGUGAAUGAGGACAAAAAGCUGUAAAAGCCCUAUUUUGCUACUUUUUGAAGCCAGAAUUCUGCAGUGAAGAUAUGAUAAAUCUGCCCUGUCAUCCACCUGAUACUGUAACCGCUGCAGAUUUUCACACAAUAGGCCCUACCCUAUUGCCAGACACGACCCACAGACAAGAAUGGCGCUGUUUCUGGACGAGGAAGCUUUGUUUUUCCAAUUUAAUAUAAUGCCUUUAAUUCACCAGUAUACAGAUAAUUGUUCUGUAAGUUGAGAUGGUAAAAAGAAAACAAUUCAAAGAAGGAGAGAUUAUUUCUGUAUCGUCUCAUGGCGUGUAAUCAGGGCGACAUAUUGGUUACAGUGAUUUACCAGUUGUUUAUAGGAGCCGUGUAGCUUGUAAAUGGGUCCUGUGAUAUGGAGACUGCACACGGAAUGAUUAAAAGCCCCUUUACAUUGACCAGACAAUCAUCUGCUCGUCAGUGGAGGAGACACAUGUACAUACAGCGAUCUCCUCCACAGUACAGGGAGCAGUGAUCACUAAUGUCAUUGCUCGGCCUCAUACAGAAUCAUUGUUUGCUGGCAGCAGAGGCGGUUUAGACGGUGAUUUAACAAUGACUUGUGACUGCAUGAGAGAACCAGUUACCUGAUGAACAAUCAUUUUGCUCGUUCAUUGGGUAAUUAGCGGCAACUUUACAUCAGCAGAUUAUUGUUAAGCGCAUGUUGGUAAUAAUUUGCCCAAUGCUCAGCCUUUGUAAAGUGGCCCAUCACAAGGGAACCUGUCA